AUGCGAGACAAUCAAUUACGAACACCAUUACAUCAUGCUAUUAUGCGAAAUCACAUUGCCAUCAUCGAUAAAUUGAUCAAAGCAGGUGCAAAAAUUGAUAUACCUGAUGUUCAAGGAGCUACUCCGGUUCAUUAUGCUUAUCGUUUUGGGAAAGACCAAGAAAUGCCAAAUAUUGAUAGUUAUCUACUUCAUUCGGUUUGUCGACAAACACAUGGACAUGAAUUAAUUUCAAAUGAAAAGAUUUCUCAUCAACUCAUCACUAAAAGUACAAUGACAGAAAUUAAUACAGAUGGAUUCACAGCGUUGAUGGUAGCAGUUAAAUAUGGACAAGUUGAAUGUGUCAAGAAGCUACUCAAUCAUCAAUACUGUGAUAAGGACGUACUCGAAAUGCGUAGUGUAGAUUCCGAUCGAACAGUAUUGCAUAUUUGUGCAGAAGUUAAAAGCAAUCAGAUCACUGAUUUGUUAUUACCGAAAGCAAAACAGUUUGCGUUAGAUUUGAUGCCUGUUGAUGUGAUGGGUAAUACACCUUUACAUAUUUGUGUCCAGAAAGACAAUCAACACAUGAUUGAUCCAUUGCUAUCAGACAGCAGCAUAUCUUUGACUGUGUCAUCUAUUACACAAGAUAAGAGUAAUCGAAGAACAGAAAAUUUAGGUGGAAUUCCGAAAAUGUUGAAGAUUAAGAACAAUAAUGGAUUAACCGCUUUUCAUGAAGCUAUUGAAAAUGGACAUUACGAAAUUGUACAUAAAAUACUUAUGAAGGUGAACUAUUCUGUACAAUUAAUUGAAGAACGUGAUCAGCAACUCCGUACAGGCUUGCACAUAGCUGCAUUAAAAGGUGAGUUUAUAUUAUUAUUAUUACAGUAA